UGUCAUUCUUCUGUCAGGAACUCAGGAAGUGCAACCACAAGAACCGAACUGUCGGUAGUGUUUGUCAUACGUCAGAGCAGUUCUUAAAAUUAUUUUCCUAUUUAAAGCUUUUUCUUAAAUUUUCACGCUAAUAUUUGUGUGCUAAGCGUUUCAUUGCCAUGUCUCAGCAAGUCUCAUACCCGCUGCCUCAACAAGCUGCUGUCUUGAAUGGAGAUUCGCAAUCGCUGGAAAAUCAAUUACAAAAGCCGGAUUGUCACACUUCCCUACUGGAAAACCAAAAUUCUUAUACUGGUGUGGCACAGCUCCCUGUAAUGGUAGCAGAAACUCAUCAAGCACUCAGUAUUUUCCCCAGAAGUGUCAGUAUGCCUUUGCCCAACAAUAAUAAUGUUGGAUCAAAUCAAACAUCCCCAGAUGCUUUGUCAACUGUGGGUGAACUUCCUGGAUUAAAUAGUAACAAUAGCAGUGAAGUCAGAUCAGCAACAGUAGCAAAAAUUGAACAUCUCAAGAAUUGGAGCAUUUCAACAUACAAGUGCACUAAACAAAUGAUUUCCGAAAAACUUGGAAAAUCUUCAAGAACUGUUGACACAGAACUUGAAUCCCAAAUUGAUCUACUCCGUGAUGUACAACGUAAAUACCUUAAUAUUUUAAGGUUGUCCAGGGCAUUAUCUUCUCAUUUUCAUCAUGUAGUCAGUACACAGCAAGGAUUGGGAGAAGCCUUUGCUGAUUUAGCCCAGAAAUCUCCUGAACUACAAUCAGAAUUCCUUUGCAACGCUGAAACCCAGCGAAGUUUAAGCCGUCACGGAGAAAUUUUAAUGGCAGCCCUUGAUUUCUUUGUAUCAUCGGUCAAUACGCUCGUGAAUAAAACCAUGGAAGAUACUCUACUUACAGUCAAACGUUACGAGGCUGCAAGGAUUGAAUACGAUGCAUAUCGUUCGGAUUUGGAAAUUCUUUUGCAGUCUCCAAUUAGUCAAUCGAAUGCUCUAGCUGAUGCGCAACGCGCUCACGAUGAGCACAAGGUGGAAUUCGAAAAGCUUCGAGCGGAUGUUUCAGUCAAACUUAGAUUUCUGAAUGAGAAUCGAGUCAAAGUGAUGCAUAAACAGUUGUUACUAUUCCACAAUGCCGUCUCUGCGUAUUUUUCAGGCAAUCAAACAGCAUUAGAAGCUACCCUAAAGCAAUUCAAUAUUAAGAUGAAAACUGGUAACAUUGCCCCAUCUUCUUGGUUGGAACAGUGAGGAAGACUGAGUUUAGAAAUGCCGUGCUGUCCUGAUUUAUACGAGUAAAUAAUUUACUUUUGAGUUACAGAUUUUUGCACUUUGCUUAUUUAAAAUCUCAAUUUUUUAUGUCAUUUAUUAGCAGUUCUUCUAUAUAUUACUAUUUAAAAAUCUGAGGUUUUCUUCUCUUAGCCGACUUAUAGUCUUGAUAGUCAACACUUUCAGCACUAUAGCGAUCCCUUUAUCCAUUUAAGUUCAAUUAGCUGUUAAUGUUUAGUCGAACUGAAAAAUUCAGAUUGAGUUCCAUUAAAUCAUACCUAGUCACAGUAAUUUGAGGUAGCAUAAAAUACUUCAUACCAAAAUUUCAGAUUUUCUAGUUAGUAGUUACAUUUAAUUACCCUAUUCUUUUCACACAUUUGUCUAGCGGUCAUCUAAAUAGGUUUCCUUUUGUCUUGUAUGCAUGUCCUUCCUGCAAUCGGGUUCUAUUUUCGUUUUCGUCAAGCUACUUUUACACAAUAUGCACGGUCGACGUUUCUGUAGUACUAUGGGGCUGAAAACUUGUUCACCUACAUGCAUAUCGCAUACAUGUUGGUUCUCAUAGCACCUUAGAAACGGAGAAAUAAAGUGGUAAAAAUGUGAAAGUAGCUAUGAUAAAUUUCCUGAGUCAAUGCGUUUGAAUAAUUUUUCUUGCGAAAUAACAAUAAACGGUUUUGGCGUUUGAUACAAA